CGCUGGUGGCGCUGAAUUUAAAGAGUCUCUGUUGGAGGGCUGCUCUGGAAACAGCCUCCUUUUUUUACAUGUGCAGCGCUAAUCUUCAACAUAUUACACAUCCCGGAUUGAACAGGAAGACAUGCAGAAACACAGCAUGCCGCUGCAGGAGCUGCCCUGUCUGAGUCUGCAGGGCUCCAUGUUGUCUCAUUCCAAGAGGACCAACAAACGCAGGUCCAGAGACCCCCUCAGCGACGGCCUGGACACCGAGUGCACCCCCACAGAGCUCAUCCAGCAGUGGUCACCCUGCCACAAGCACCAGCGGCUCGUCGGCAAAGGGAAAGAGAACGACGAGAACCAGUUCGUCCUGGCCAGGAGGUCGAGGAGGAAAACAGAAUCCACGUCAUCAGGUGUUUCAUGGGACCACCUACCUGAUGAGCUGCUCCUCAGGAUCCUCUUCUGUCUCCCCCUGCAGGACCUCCUCAGGUCGUCGGUAGUCUGCAAGCGCUGGCAUCGCUUAGCGUUUGACGAGUCUCUGUGGCACGGUGUGGAUCUGGAGGGGAUGAAGGACGCGAGUCUGGCCCUGCAGCAGGUCCUCACCACCAGAGUCCGCAUGCUGCGCUGCCCUCGCACCUUCGUGGAAGAGCUGCACUUCACAGGCAGCGGCCCUGUGGACCUCGCUCUCCUGGAUCUCUCCAGCUCCAUCAUCCCCACCUCGGCUCUGGAGAGCAUCAUGAGUCGCUGCAGGCAGCUGGAGUGUCUGAGCCUGGAGGGUCUGCAGCUCUCAGACAACAUCAUCAGUUCUCUGUCGGAGAACCCGAACCUGCUGCAGCUCAACCUGGGCGGCUGCUCCAGCUUCUCUGCUCCGGCUCUGGCUGAGAUGCUCAAAUCCUGCACCAGAAUAGAGCAGCUGAACAUCUCGUGGUGUGACUUCAGCAAUGAUCAUGUGAAGAGUGUUGUUAAUAAUCUGAGCCCCAGUGUGACUCGCCUCAACCUCAGCGGGUACAGAGAGAACCUCACGCUGGAUGAUGUGAAGUUGCUGGUGACCAGAUGCCCCGACAUCCAGACGCUGGAUCUGAGUGACAGCACUCUGCUGAUGGCCGACAGCUUACCCGUCCUCCAACAGCUGAAGAAUCUGCAGCAUCUCUCCCUGAGUCGCUGCUAUCACAUCCACCUCGCCGCCCUCACUGACCUGGGUAAUACGUUCCCCGUGCUGAGCCUGCUGGACGUGUUCGGCAUCGUGAACGGCAGCCACCUGUCCUCUCUGAAGAAGGAGAUGCCCAACAUCAGCAUCAACGCCCGGCCCUUCUCCAGCAUCGCCCGGCCCUCCUCCGCCUCCAGGCUCACCAAACACUACAUGUGGAGCAGAAAGUGUCGGCUGAGGUUCAGCCUGUAACCACAUCUCCACUUGCAGCUAGUUCGUCCUGCAGGUUGUUUGAUCCUGCAGUAUUCCAAUGCACGCGCAGGGAGUCGGUGCUGCAGCCUUGUUUCAGUGUUUCUUGCUGCUACAGAAGAUGUUUUUAGUGUUGGCUGGCAUUAAUGGUACUAAAUACUUGACCGAGCCUUUAAAAGGGAGCAGUGUGUCGGAUUUAGGGGGAUUAUUUUUGCAGAAAUGGAAUAUAAUGUAAUCGAAAUGAUCUUUGCAUUUGUGAAUAAUCACCUGAAACUAAGGAUCAUGUUUUCCUUAGCUUAAAUGCACAGCCCUGACUCAAAAGGGGGAUUUUCACAGUUGUGCUUUACCUGAAGUUGAUUGUAAUCUGCAGAUUUUCCCGCUAGAUGCACCAGCUCCUGCACACUGUAAGCUCCGUACGUACGCUCGUAUGUCCACGCUCGUAGAGAAAUGUUAUUUUUACGUAGGUAAGUCCGAUUUGGAUGUUUUGAAUCCAGUUCUUGUUGGAAUGUGUUAACAGAAACUUUUAUAUGGCUUUUUUGAAUCUGUUUUAGGUUCUAAUAAUGUGUUAAAAUAUUUUGUAAGGGAAACAUGGUUAAAAAGACUCAAAUUAAAAUGUUGUGAAAUAAAUACUUGGGAACAAUUGAUUCCUCGGGUUUAUACAGAAAUGUUCUGUUCUUAGCUGUAAUGAGGGAACAUGUGAUUUUAAUGGAUUUUUUUUAUAAUUUUAAUGUAAAAUGAUGAGUAUGAGUAUUUGGAUCUUGAAUCUGUUAAGCCACAAUGUAGCUGAACAGACAGUAUGUUUGUCUCACUGAAGAAACUGCCAGGUUAUCAUCUUGUCUCCAGCUGCUGAACGCAUUAUGACUCUAGAUCUGCGCUCUGUUACCAUAUUUAUAUAUCAUUGCAUUCCAGUGUUACACAGACUGAACUUUAAUCUUUAAACAUGAUGUCCACUUUCCCUUCUGAGUCUCUUAAAAUAAACCACUGAACCCACA